UUAACUUGAUUAUAUAAAGUAGAUUUAAUAUAUAUCGUAUAUAAAGUAAAGUGCUAUUGUGAAGACGUGGCACGAUAAACAGAAUUAUCGUAUACGAUAUACGAAUGGUAGGGAGAAUCUAUAACUUAUUACUAGUUAUUAUAUUUUUGUCAAUCAAAUAUCUUUAAAUUUAUCAGGAUAUUUACAAGAUACAUGAUAUAUAUCAAUAUGAUAAAUAAAACAUAAUAAUAAAAUUAUUAUUUAAAUCUACUAUUUGAGUUAAUUUGAUAAUUCGUAAGUUGCUUAUAAGUUGUUCCAAUUAUUAAAAUUUAACGAAAUAUUGAUGAUAUUUUUAUUGUUUAUAAUUAUAAUUAUUUAAUAAUUGUGCAACUUUAAUAUUGAAAUUAUAAAGAAAUGGCAUCUGUUACAAUAUUAAGCAAAGAUGUGCCCGAUAUCGAAAAUCUUUUACAUUUAAAUCCAAAAAUAAAACCAUUUGCGAAUGUUGUUCCAUCAGCACUCACCAAAGAGAAUAAAAAAAAAUGGAAAAGAAACAUUAAUGAAAAUUGUAAUAAAUGUUCACCUUUGACAAAAAAUUUCGAUGACAUUAAACAUACAACAUUAAGCGAACGUGGUGCAUUAAAAGAAGCUGCGCGUUGUUUAAAAUGUGCAGAUGCUCCUUGUCAAAAAUCAUGUCCAACACAAUUAGACAUUAAAUCUUUUAUUACUUCUAUUUCAAAUAAAAAUUAUUAUGGGGCAGCAAAAGCAAUCUUAUCUGAUAAUCCUCUUGGGCUUACAUGUGGUAUGGUUUGUCCGACAAGUGACCUUUGCGUAGGAGGAUGUAAUUUGCACGCAUCCGAAGAAGGACCUAUUAAUAUCGGUGGUCUUCAACAAUUUGCCACAGAUAUUUUUAAACAAAUGAAUAUAUCUCAAACUAGAAUUCCUGGACAAAAGGUUUCGUAUGCAGACACUAAGAUCGCCUUGCUCGGCUGUGGACCAGCUUCUUUAUCUUGUGCAACAUUUCUUGCACGUUUAGGUUAUAAUAAUGUAAUAAUUUUUGAGAAACAAAAUUAUAUUGGUGGAUUGAGCUCAUCAGAAAUUCCACAAUAUCGGUUACCAUAUGAUAUUGUUAACUUUGAGAUUGAUCUUGUCAAAGAUUUAGGAGUGAAGAUUGAAUUGGGUAAAGCAUUAUCCAAGGAUAAUUUAACGAUCGAGGGUCUCCAAAAUUCUGGAUAUAAAGCGAUCUUUUUAGGAAUCGGUCUUCCGGAAGCAAAAGCUAUUCCAAUUUUCUCAAAUCUUACAGAAGAAAUGGGUUUUUUUACGUCAAAAAGUUUUUUACCAAAAGUAGCAAAAGGUAGUAAACCGGGAAUGUGCGCAUGUAAAAGAAACGAAUUACCUUCUCUUCAUGGUAAAGUUGUUGUCCUCGGAGCUGGAGAUACGGCUUUCGAUUGUGCUACUUCUGCUCUAAGAUGCGAGGCAAAGAAAGUUUAUGUAGUUUUUAGAAAAGGAUUUACUAAUAUUCGAGCAGUACCUGAAGAAUUUGAUUUAGCAAGAGAAGAAAAAUGUGAGUUUAUUCCUUUUCAAUCACCGAAACAAGUUAUUGUUCGAAACGGAAAAAUAAUUGCAAUAGAAUUUUAUCGAACAGAAGAAAAUGAAAAUGGUGAAUGGAUAGAAGAUAAGGAACAAAUUUGUAGAUUAAAAACUGAUUUUGUAAUAUCUGCCUUCGGGUCAGGAUUACAAGAUCAAGAUGUAAUACAAGCUAUGGUACCCAUUAAAAUGAAUAAAUGGAACUUACCGGAAGUAGAUUCACAAACCAUGAGCACUUCUGUUCCUGGAGUUUUUUGCGGUGGAGAUCUUGCUGGAAUUGCUCAUACUACUGUUGAAUCUGUAAAUGAUGGCAAAACUGCUGCAUGGUAUAUUCAUAAAUUUAUUCAGAAUUCUUAUAAUUUGGAAGUACCUAAAAUUCCUCAAUUACCUAAAUUUCAUACUCCAAUCGAUGAUGUUGAUUUAUCUGUUGAAAUAUGUGGUUUAAAAUUUGAAAAUCCCUUCGGUCUUGCUUCUGCACCACCGACCACUUCUAGUACCAUGAUUAGACGAGCUUUUGAAGCUGGAUGGGGUUUUGUAGUUACAAAAACAUUUUCUUUGGAUAAGGAUCUUGUCACAAAUGUGUCUCCACGAAUAAUUAAAGGUACAACUUCUCGACAUCAUUAUGGUCCGGAACAGGGCAGUUUUUUAAAUAUUGAAUUGAUAUCUGAAAAAUCGGAAGCUUAUUGGUGCAAUAGUAUUAUAGAAUUAAAAAAAGAUUUUCCGACUAAGAUUCUUAUUGCUAGUAUUAUGUGUUCGUACAAUAGAGCAGAUUGGACAGAACUUUCUCAAAAAGCAGAAAGAGCUGGGGCUGAUGCUUUAGAAUUAAAUUUAUCUUGCCCUCAUGGAAUGGGAGAAUCUGGAAUGGGUUUGGCUUGCGGCCAAGAUCCUGUAUUGGUGAGAAAUAUUUCAAGAUGGAUUCGAGAAGCUGUGAAGAUACCAUUCUUUGUGAAAUUAACACCAAAUAUUACUGAUAUUGUUUCAAUAGCUAAGGCAGCUUAUGAAGGUCACGCUAAUGGAGUAUCUGCCAUAAAUACUGUCCAAAGUUUAAUGGGAUUGCACGCGGAUGCAACCCCAUGGCCAGCUGUUGGAAUUAAAAAAGCUACAACAUAUGGGGGUAUGUCAGGUAAUGCAACCAGACCUCAAGCUUUAAGAGCUGUUUCUGCCAUUUCUAAAGCUCUUCCUGGAUUUCCCAUACUUGGAAUUGGUGGUAUUGAAUCAGCAGAUGUUGCUCUUCAAUUUUUACAUUGUGGUGCAUCAGUUUUACAAGUUUGCAGUGCUGUACAAAAUCAGGAUUUUACUCUAAUUGAUGAUUAUAUAACUGGUUUAAAAGCGUUAUUAUAUUUGAAGAAUUUAAAACAAGUAAAAAAUUGGGAUGGACAAAGUCCACCAACGUUUAAACAUCAGAAAGGAAAACCUGUUGUUUUACAACAUGCUCUUGGCAAAAAUAUACCAUAUUUUGGAGAAUAUCAAAAACUACGGGAAGAAAAAAUAGCUGAAAUUAAGGCUAUCUCGAAUCCACUCGAUAAACUCGUCAAGAUUACUAGACCUAGUCCAGAACCUAUUGCGGCUAUACCAAGUAUAAAGGAUGUUAUUGGCAAAGCUUUAAAUUAUAUUGGCACAUACAAAGAUUUGAACAAUAAAGAACAAGUAAUAGCAUUGAUAGAUGAUGAUAUGUGCAUAAAUUGUGGAAAAUGUUACAUAGCUUGUGCCGAUUCUGGUUAUCAAGCAAUUAAAUUUGAUUCUGAAACUCACAUUCCAACAGUAACAGACGAUUGUACAGGUUGUACUCUUUGUCUUUCAGUAUGUCCUAUUAUUGAUUGUAUUACUAUGGUACCUAAAAGGAUACCUCAUGUUAUUAAUAGAGGAGUACCAUUAAAAGAAUGUUUUAAUUUUGAAAUAGAAUAAAAUUCUAUUAUCUAUGAUUUUAUAUUUAUUGCUUACUUAAAAAAGUAAAAAGAAAAUAUUUAAAUAUCUUAUAUGAAUAAGUACUAUAACUAUAUCAUAAUACAUUCAUCUGUAUCUGAAGUUUGUUGAUCUUGCAAGGCACGUCGUUUCUGAAGUCUCGUACAACGUGGACAACAGUGGUUUUGUUUCGACCAACAUGCACGAUGAUGAACUGCUGUACAUUGAUGGCAACUAAUAGAACUUGCAUCCCAUGGAUAUAUAAUUUCAUCAUUACCACACAAUUCACAUAAGUGACCUCUGUAAAUUAAUAUUUAAAAUUUUAAUUGUAAAAUGAUUUAGAUAAAAUAUCCAUUCGUCAAAA